UCCCUCCCCAGCUGCUCUUCUUUCCCCCUUUCCCUCUGCUGCCUUUCCUCAAAGGCUUCCGAGCUCGCCAGAAAGAGGUUGAGAGACUGAGAGACGGCCGCUACGAGGAAGGAGGCGGGGAAUCCAGGAGGAGGAGGAAAGAGGAGGAGGGGCCGCGCGAGCCCGGCUUUCUUGGAUGCUCGCCUUUCGGAGCCUGGGCAGGAUUUUACAAGGCGGCAAGUCCCCAAGGGUCCCGGCGCCCUCCCUGAGAUAAGGGCAGAGACACACACACACACAGAGAGAGGCGGGAAACAAAAGAGGCGCUUCUCUUCGCCCCGAAAGCGCCGCCCUCCGCCCCUCGCCUCAGCGCCGUUGGGAUUGCCUGGGAAGGUCCCACCGAGGGGCUCGCCUGCGAGGAGCAUGGCAUCGACCGACGGUGCCAACAACAUGCCAAAGCAGGUAGAAGUGCGGAUGCAUGAAAGCCACCUGAGUCCGGUGGAGCCUCGGCCAAAGCAUCUAUGUGUAAGGCUCUUUGCACCCCUCAGAAAAAACCUCCUCCUUUCACUGACUGUUUUCGGAGUCAUUAUGGGUGCAGUAUGUGGCGCUCUCCUUCGCAUGGCAACACCUAUUAAUCCUGAUAUCGUAAUGUUGAUAGCCUUCCCAGGAGAUAUCCUGAUGCGGAUGCUGAAAAUGUUGAUUCUCCCUUUAAUUAUCUCAAGUUUAAUCACAGGUUUGUCUGGCUUGGAUGCCAAAGCUAGUGGCCGAUUAGGUACAAGAGCUAUGGUGUACUAUAUGUCCACGACAAUCAUUGCUGCUGUAUUGGGAGUUAUUCUGGUCUUGGCCAUUCAUCCAGGCAAUCCAAAGCUGAAGAAGCAGCUUGGAGAAGGAAAGAAGAAUGAUGAAGUAUCCAGUCUGGAUGCUUUCUUGGAUCUUAUCAGAAACCUGUUCCCUGAAAACCUUGUGCAAGCAUGCUUUCAGCAGAUCCAAACAGUUACCAAGAAAGUGAUGGUCCCUCAAGAGAUCGAAGAACCAGACAAUGUCACAGACUCAAUCUUUGCAAUGUUGAAUGAAACAGAAGUGACUCCAGAACCGCAGAUGGUAAUUAAGAAGGGACUUGAGUUUAAAGAUGGAAUGAACGUCUUAGGUCUCAUUGGGUUCUUCAUUGCUUUUGGUAUUGCAAUGGGAAAAAUGGGAGAACAAGCCAAGAUGAUGGUAGAUUUCUUCAAUAUCUUGAAUGAGAUUGUAAUGAAGCUAGUAAUCAUGAUCAUGUGGUAUUCUCCAUUGGGCAUUGCCUGUCUUAUCUGUGGAAAAAUCAUUGCAAUCAAGGACUUAGAAGUAGUUGCUAGGCAACUGGGCAUGUACAUGGUGACUGUCAUCAUAGGCCUUCUCAUCCAUGGAGGGAUCUUCUUGCCUUCGUUGUACUUUAUAAUAACAAGGAAAAACCCCUUCUCGUUCUUUGCUGGCAUCUUCCAAGCAUGGAUUACUGCUUUAGGCACUGCUUCAAGUGCGGGCACAUUGCCAGUAACCUUUCGCUGCCUUGAAGAAAAUUUGGGCAUUGACAAGCGUGUGACAAGAUUUGUCUUACCUGUUGGAGCCACUAUUAAUAUGGAUGGGACUGCCCUUUAUGAAGCUGUAGCAGCCAUCUUCAUAGCACAAAUGAAUGGAAUUCAGCUGGAUGGUGGACAGAUAGUCACUGUCAGUCUAACAGCUACUCUUGCCAGUGUUGGAGCUGCGAGUAUACCCAGCGCAGGACUGGUGACCAUGCUUCUCAUCCUCACAGCAGUUGGUCUUCCAACCCAGGACAUCAGCUUGCUUGUUGCUGUAGACUGGCUCUUAGACAGAAUGAGAACGUCUGUGAAUGUAGUGGGAGAUUCCUUUGGAGCUGGCAUUGUGUAUCACCUCUCCAAGGCAGAGUUGGCUGACAUUGAUGCCCAUCACAAAGUACACGAAGAUAUUGAAAUGACAAAGACUCAGUCAAUUUAUGAUGACCUGAAAAACCAUAGGGAGAACAACUCAAACCAAUGUGUUUAUACAGCUCACAACUCUGUCAUAAUAGAUGAGUGCAAGGUAACCUUGGCAACUAAUGGCAAAUCUGCUGCUGAAGAAGAACCUUGGAAACAGGAGAAAUAAAGGAAGAACAAUCCAGCUCUAUCUUUAAUAAGCCCCAGACGUUGUCUUAUGGUAAAUGCUGGUAUCAAGAUUCAAGAAAAUUCCCAACUGUUUCCAUUUAGGAUAAAACCAAUUGCUUUCUUACUUGUGUUAACGACAACUUAGAAACAUUCUCAUAAAGUCAGUGUUCUUUUAGCAUCCUAGCCAAAUAUAUCAUAACCAUCUAUCUCACUUGUGUUACCCUUUGAGUGGAUGUAACUGGAAGGCAGUCAGCUGGUUCAAGAGACAUAUUUUGUUGGGCUUCCUCUUUUCACUCCAGACAUAGAGAAUGUAGAUUCUGCAAAGGGGAAAGCUCAAAGUGCCAUAAUAUUGAUGGCUUGCUUCAGGGAUUCAGGCUAAGUAAUAAGCAUUAAGUAUUGUGUAAAAAUCAUGCAGUGUUUGCAUUGUCUCUUCUCAUGCUGAAUAUACCCAACCAGCACUUUGGCACAUUUUAAUACGGUUAGCACUUCAGACAAUAAUAUACUGUGUGCUCACUGUAAAAGUUUUACAUGCGCUUUAUUAAUCCUUGACAUAUGCACCUCUUGCUUCCCUGUUCAAGUUAACUUCAGCCUGAUGAUCUCACUUCCCAAUGUAAAAUGUAUAGACUUGCAAUACAAAGCCCCAUGCAUUCCACUUUUAUAUGGACACACAGACACACGGAGAGAAUUUUUUCCUCAAAAAGCUCCCAAUUUGACCACACUUCUAUGAGCCAUGUUUUAAAAUGUAAAAACAUGUAAGCUUUUUUAAAAUGCCAAAACAUGAAAAAGCACUUACCAUUUUGGACAAUGUGCUUAUUUUCACACAGUUCUCCAAAAUUAAUGAACACCCUGGGCAGCAUAUUUAACCAGUUUGAAUUUAUUGGGUCCAUAGCUCUCUGCCCUGGUGAUUGCCAUGGAAUUUCAUGUGAAUCUGGGAUUGUGGAGAUAAACAAAUGCCAUGUGAUCAUCACAGAUUAUAAUCCAGUUCAGGAACUAUGCUCUCCAUAUCAGUAGAGCUGCACAACAAUUGGCACAAUUCUAAUUUUGCACAAUAGGAAACAAACAGGCAUAUAUUUGUCUGCAUUCAGCAGCAGCAAGAUCCCAUAGAAAUGUGUAUUGUUACCAGUACUGUUGAUACCUGUGCAGCUAGUACAGAAGAACAACCCUCGGCUCUCAGCAAAUGUAUUUCUUGAGACCUGAGGAGGGAUAAGGUGCUAUAUUUUAAGGAUAAGAUGUUUGUCAGGAAGAUGCAACAUUCCUUUUUUUAAAAAAAGAAAGAAACUUGUAUGUUUAGCAAAUUUAAUAUUAUUUAAUAUUAAGUAGAUAAUUUAUUUAAAAGUACUAGAUAUAUUUUUCAAACUUUCAACAAAUGACUGUAGAUAUAUAACACACAUUUGGAAUUACAAAAUACUUUUUAUUAACUGCCAUUUUACCCAUUUUGAAUUUUCUUUGCAGAAAACCCAUCACAAAAUAUCUCCAUUUAUCUGAAGAUUUAUUUCUCAUUAGUAGGUCUUUUGCACUUACCUCUAGCUUGCAAAACAAUAGGGUUUUUUGUCAGUAUUUUGAUGGUAUACACGUUGCCCCCAGCAAAGCCAUGCUUCUCCCUUUAUGCUUCCAGCUAACAUGGCAAGUCUGUAGUGAGAGCAGCCAUUUUGGAUAUUGCUCCUGUGUAGGGAUGGGCAAGAACUUCAUUCCCACUAUUUUAAAAUAAGUCUUUACCAAAAUGAAGACAUUUCUUCAUUUUUGGACUGAAAGGUUUUUUGAGUUUUCAAAAAUUGGAACAAGGGAUAUAGAUUCUUCUAUCUAGGCAUAGGGUUUUGAUUGCUUAAGUCUUCAAAGUCUGGGCUUAAUUCCCUUGUAUUUAGCAUGUUAGUGCUGAAUGAAGGUUGCUAUAUUUUUUCAAGAGACUUCUGAAAAGCAUGCUGGUCCAAUAAGUCCCUAUUUAGGCUAGAAACCAAUUGAUUUUUUCUGCUCUGAAUUGAUGACAAUUUUUGUUCCCUUUCAUUUUGGGGUUAAUUUAUUAAAAAUAAUAAAUAUUAGAAGGGAGAGAACUGAAAAUUUGAACAUUAGAGAAAGUCAAACAGAGGGAUUUUCACUUUCCCGUGCAUCGGAGGAAGUCUAAUUCAAUGUAGUGAAAAGGCAUGAGAUGUAUAUGAAAGAUAGGAUCAAAUAUCUCUUUUCCAGACUACUCCAAUAGAUAGCUUGAGUACACAAUAGGAAAGAAACGAGAAACAGAGCUCAGUUGCUUCCUGGACUAUCAGCCAUUGUCUUGUAGGAAAGGAACAUGAUUUUCCAAUCUGGCACACUUUUGGUGGAUAACUGACAUUAUGUUAGAGUUCAACCAUCUAGCUCUACUUUGCACCCAUUCAUUCUAGCUUCCUAGAAAUGAAAAAUCAGGUGAUUGCACAAUAUUUGCUGCUUCAUCUCCCCCAUCAAUCAAUCAAAUGAACAAAUAAA